CAAGCUGCCAAAACGAGAGUGUCUGAGCCAUCAACAACUUUGUGUUAGUGUGUGUGUUAGUGUGUGUGUUAGUGUAACAUGGCGGAGUUUACGUGUGUGUAGGUUCACCUCAGGACAAGUUCUUUAAACCUCCGGAAAUGAGAGACGGACGGUGGUCUGGUUUGGGAUUCUCUGCACCAUGAGAGGGAGACACCAGGACACCUGUCAAUCAAAAUCACACCAGCUGAUCUCCGAUCCCUAUACUGGUUAAUCUCGGCCACCUCUCUGUCUGUCUCUGUCUCUCUUUUUCUGUCUCCGUGUGAGUGUGUGUGUGUGUGUGUGUGUGUGAGAGACGAUGUCGGGGACGGACCUCCUGUCCCGUGUAAGCUCGGUGUUCCGCCGGGAGAGGACGGACUGGGACCUGAGCGACUCGGCCGCGUUCGAUUUCUCAGAGGACCUGGCGGAGGACGAGAUGCCGCGGUUCAACAAGCUGAAGGUGGUGGUGUCGGCCGAGAUGGACGAGUACACCGGAGCGUCCCCGAACGGUGCCGCCGUCAGCACCUUCAUCAGGGGCGGAGAGGACGACGAUGACGACUCGCUGCUCGGCUCCACCUCCGGGCUGGGGGCGGAGCCCUGCGAGACCUGCACCAAGAGGAAGGAGGACGCCAAGCGGCGCAAAGUCAUGAAAAAGCUAGCGAUCGCGGCGGCACUUUAUUUCAUCUUCAUGAUCGGGGAACUCGUCGGUGGAUACAUGGCCAACAGUCUAGCCAUCAUGACGGACGCUCUGCACAUCCUGACUGAUCUGAUUGGGAUUGUCGUCUCCUUACUCGCGCUCUGGCUCUCAGCCAAACCCCCCACACACACCUUCACCUUUGGCCUGCACAGACUCGAGGUGAUGUCUGCAGGAAUCAGUGUGUUGUUGAUCUACAUCCUGACCGGCGUGCUGCUGAAUGAGGCGGUACAGAGAACGCUCCGCCCAGACUUCACCAUCGAUGGCGAUGUCAUGCUCAUCACCGCCGCCGUGGGCGUGGCCAUCAACCUCAUAAUGGGUUUCCUCCUUAACCAGUCAGGUCACCUGCACUCCCACGCCCACUCUCAUUCCCACUCCCACUCCUCUGGCCACGCCCAUUCUCAGAGGAGGGGGCAGGGCCGGGGGCGGGGUCAGCACUCUCACGGCAGCCUGGCGGUGCGGGCGGCGUUCAUCCACGCGCUGGGGGACCUGGUGCAGAGCGUCGGGGUUCUCAUCGCCGCGUACAUCGUCAGGUUUAAGCCGGAGUAUAAACUGGCUGAUCCCAUAUGUACCUACAUAUUUUCUGUGUUGGUGCUGGUCACCACGCUGCGCAUCAUCAGAGACACCGGCCUCAUCCUACUGGAGGGAGUACCCAGACACCUGAAUGUGAGUGUGAUGAAGGAGGAUCUGCUGAAGCUGGACGGUGUGGAGUCGGUGGAGGAUCUGAAGCUCUGGGCGUUAACCCCUGAACACACUGUCGCUCUGGCACACCUUCAGCUAGGACCGAGCAGCAGGGGUAACUGGGAGGAAGUGCAGUCUAAAGCUCGUCACCUGUUGAUGACAUCACACGGCGUGUCGCACUGCACCGUGCAGCUGCAGAGCCAAACACACCGAGCCACACACUCCUGCUCCAACUGUGUGUUAACCAGUGCCUAAACACACACACACACACACACACACCUGGGCUUCUCCUUCUUAAACAGGUUGCUAUGCAACAGCGAAAACCGCCAAAGCCGGAGUGAGUGUGUUCUCACUUUUACUGAGUCAAUCAGGAGGCCCUUUAACUAUUACUAUUUUUGUUUACACUGUUUAUGAUUUUCUUCUUUUUACUUUAUGUGGACACACACACACACACAUCUGACAGACUUAGUACAGAUCCUGAUCUCUCUGCUAGCAUGAACAUUGAUAUUUAGUCUGGUUUACACCAUUUAAACACUCCACAUCGUCCUGGUGUUUAGUUUUAAAUAAGUUAUCCUGAGUCAGCGCUAAAUCCUGCAUUAAAUGAUCCUGAGUCAGCGCUAAAUCCUGGAUUAAAUGAUCCUGAGUCAGCGCUAAAUCCUGGAUUAAAUGAUCCUGAGUCAGCGCUAAAUCCUGGAUUAAAUGAUCCUGAGUCAGCGCUAAAUCCUGGAUUAAAUGAUCCUGAGUCAGCGCUAAAUCCUGGAUUAAAUGAUCCUGAGUCAGCGCUAAAUCCUGGAUUAAAUGAUCCUGAGUCAGCGCUAAAUCCUGGAUUAAAUGAUCCUGAGUCAGCGCUAAAUCCUGGAUUAAAUGAUCCUGAGUCAGCGCUAAAUCCUGGAUUAAAUGAUCCUGAGUCAGCGCUAAAUCCUGGAUUAAAUGAUCCUGAGUCAGCGCUAAAUCCUGGAUUAAAUGAUCCUGAGUCAGCGCUAAUUAUUUUUCCCAGAAUUAACACUAAAUCCUGGAUUAAUUAAUCCUGUGUCCGUGCUGAAUCCUGAUUAGGGUUUAAGCAGGUGAUCCGAUCUGCUCAGGUCCGCUGUGCGUCUGUAACUCGUCUCUAAUCUGACUCGGUUUAAAUCUUUUUUUUUUCUUUUUUUUUUUUUUUAAUAAUUUAAUUUAAUGCUUGUGUUAAGCUCUAAUGUUGGACUUCAAAUCUGAUCCAAUUCAUUUAUGUUGAUCACAGAUUAUUGUGAUUAUUAUUAUUAUUAUUAUUUUCCAGAUUUUGCACUCUGAGUAAACUAAUGAUUAAACCCCUGGAGAGGGAGGGGGGGGUCAGACUGAUCCUGGAGGCGGUUCCUCUUGGCCUUAACUCACUGACGAUCUCACACACUGCACACUCUAUCAUAUUAACCCUUAUUCUCUCAUGUGUGUGUGUUGGGGGGGGGGGGGGGUGUAACUCCCUCUCCAGCACAGACUUUUACUUGAGUUUUAAUUCCUGAUUUUUGUUUUGUUUUUCAGACUGAACUCUCUCUGUGUAUCACACACACACACACACACACUCUGUGCCUCUCCAUGUCAUUUUGCUCCGAGUUCCUUUAUUAUUAUUAUUAUUAUUAUUACAUUUUAAUUAAGUUUAAUUUUUAAUAUAAUUUUGUCUGAUGUUUUGCACAUUCCAGUAACUUGAACAGGAAUAAGUUUUUUGUUGUUGUUGUUGUUGUUUUGCAGUAUUUAUGUUUAACAGUGAAACUCCGCUUUGUGUGAGUGGAUCAGAUCGAUCUCUCAAAUAAACCUGUUUUCAAGGCC